GGACGGUUUAUAAAAUGACCAAAUUAUCACUUCUACAAUAAAUUAUGCUCCUCCAUUGUCGCCAUUCUGAAGCUGCGUUGUCUUCAAGAUUGCCCUUCUUCUGGAUCUAUUCUCAUGGACUGGAAAAUCUCUCCAUCGGCUUGAAGACCUCCUCCUCGUCCUCCAGACUGAUUCGUGGGUGGCAGGGCCGCCGACUGAAGCUACCGGACUAGAAUCUGGCAUCCAUUAAUGGCUCCAUGCCGUUACUGGUAGUUACUACCUUCGCUUUAGGGGUUGGUUUGUUGGAUUUGUUUCCUGGGUUGGGCUAUUGUUUUAGCCUUGUUGUCAGCUUUGGACUUGACUGUUUACAUUCUACUUUGCCUUAUGGCCCAAUUGUAUAUAUCUUUUAAUCAAUGCUUUAAUUUUCGAAAAAAAAACAAAAAAAAAUUACUUAUAAAUAACCAAACUAUCAAACACCCCAUUAUUGGGUUACAACAUUGAUGUCCAACCAGUUCAACCUUUCUAUUACACCAAGCUUCAAUCAUAUUACUUAUUUCCUGAAUCAUUGGUCUCAGACUAAGGAUCUUAGAGCCAUUAAGAAACUUCAUGCUCAUCUUCUAAGGACUGGAUUACUCUUCAUCUCUCUUAACCUCCACACGAAACUCAUAUGCACAUACACAACAUGCCUUCACAGAAACAACCUUCAAAUUCUCAAAAACUUCUCCCACUGCAUCAACCCCAACAACCCAUUACCAUUCAAUUCGAUUAUAUCUGAUUUUUAUCGAAAUGGGUAUCCAUUUCUCGCUCUCCAUACCUUCUCUUUCAUGCACAUCAAUGGUGUUCCUAUAGACACCUACGCUUUGUGUAGCUCUUUAACAGCUUCAUCUGGUUCUAGAAGUGUUAGAUUUGGUAAACAAUUACAUGCCUAUGUGGAGAAAUCAGGUUGGUUGGCAAGUGUGUUUGUUGGCAGUGCUUUGAUUGAUUUAUAUGCGAAAUCGAUACUUAUCAAUGAUGCAUCAGAGAUGUUCGAUGAAAUUCCUGUUAAGAAUACUGUGUGUGCAAAUGCACUCUUAGCAGGUUUUGCUGAAGCAAAGAUGUGGGAUGAGGGAAUUGAAGUAGUACGGAAAAUGCGGGUUUUGAACUUGAAAUAUGAUAAUUUUACAUUGUCAGCAGUGUUACGUGCAUGUGCAGGGCUAUCUGCAAUAGAAUUUGGUAAGCAGGUACAUGCAAAUGUGAUUCGUACGGUUUCUGAUUUGGGAGCUGAUGUGUUUCUGCAGAGUUCAUUGAUUGAAAUGUAUGGCAAGUGUGGGUUAGUAGAGAAGGCGCGACAAGUCUUUAGUAUGGCAGGAUUUGGAUGGGGAAGAGGGAGAAAGAGGGAUGUUGUUUUAUGGACAUCAAUGCUCGGUGUAUAUGGAAGAAAUGGGCAGUGCAAAGAAGUGAUCGGAUUUUACAGAGAGAUGUUGAUGGAAGGUAUAAGGCCUGAUGGGGUGGCAUUUGUGACAGUCAUCUCAGCUUGUGGUCACGCUGGCCAAAUAAAUCUUGGGAUUAAGUAUUUCGAAUCCAUGGCUCGGGACUUCAAUUUGGAACCUGGCCCUGAGCAUUACGGUUGUUUGGUCGAUUUGCUUUGUAGGGCUGGUGAGUUGGACAAGGCAUGGAAGCUGGUGAAUGAGAUGCCCAAUAUAAAGAAUGGAAGUUGCAGUGUCACAAUGUGGGGUGCUCUACUUAGUGCUUGUAAUGAUUGUGGAAAUAUUGAUUUGGGUAAAUUAGCUGCACGAAGGGCACUUGAGUUGGAUCCUAAGAAUGUUGGGAUUUACGUCUUGUUAUCAAAUAUGUAUGCUAGGUUUGGCAUGUGGAAUGAGAUAGGGCAGUUGAGGGAGUUGAUGAAAGAAAGAGGUUUAAAGAAAGACACUGGAUGCAGCUGGAUAGAGUUCACAAGUUGACCUAAAGAUAUUCAAAUUUAAGACAAUGGUGCAGCUGGAUGGAGUUCAAAACUUGAAUUAUAGGGAAUUGUCUCCUAAGAAGAAUAGCUUUUGUUUUUCCUUUUGGUUUAAAGAAAGACAAUGGAUGUAGGCAUAACUUGUUUAUACAUUUCACCCUAUUCUUAAUGAAUUUGCAGGCGCUUAUUUACUGACU